AUGACGACUGGGAAGGAGGACGUGGAAGCUACGCUCGUUGACUAUUUUGUCGUAGCUGGGUAUGAUCCCGACAUUGAUACGGCAUGUGAUGAUUAUGCUUGGGAAGAAGAAAACGGGUUAAAAUCUCCCAAAUCAAGAGAGCGAAGGCCACCUCUACAGCGUUCUUUCGUUGCCAAAAUCUUGCAUCAUUUCCCUCAAAAACGACCAGGCGCACCCUUUUCUGAUGAGGUGUUAUCGUUAUGCAUGCCCAAGGGACUUCGCUUCUUCACGGAAAAGGAUGUUCCAAUGAACAUUAACCUACAUACCUUUGCUAAUAUUCGAGAAGAUGGAAGUCGAAUUAAUGGCACUGUCAUGACCUUCUAUGAGGAGGUCCGGGACCCUCGAAUAUGCGAAGCUAUGGCUUUGCUGCACACUGAACAUGUGCGCAAGCUGACCGCUGGUGAGCCACCCCUGGACCGCGAAAGGCACCACGUACCUCCAGGAACUGUAUCGGGUGGUACUCAUACUCUUCCUCGUGGUCGAAGAAGUAAAACGAAACGAAUAUCGUACUAUGAUGGUGGAGGUCACAAUACCCUUUACAUGAGCAAGACGAUUUGCCUUAUCACUAGACUACCUCUUGUCUGCUCAACAACUUCUAUAUUACGAGCUUUUCACGAGCUGCUUACUAAUGGAUCACAACCAGAACUACCAUUGGAGAGCUAUAUCUAUUGGAUUCUCAAUGAAAUUCCGCUUCCGUCACCUGGCACAACAUUGAAGGUGUCUAUGUUGGAUGCUACAAUACUAGUACAACGCCCUGGAACAACGGAACUGCCUAUAUUUGAUGAUUCCAUGGGAACGAUGUUCCAGUAUAUUUCUGUCGAAAAGUUUCUCAAAUUGUUCACCUGCUUUCUACUAGAGCAUCAAAUUUUGCUGUGUUCAAAAGAUUAUUCUCGUUUGAUGUGUGUUUGUGAGGCUCUUUGUGCUCUUGCGUUUCCUUUUCGAUGGCAGAUGGUAUAUGUGCCAAUCUUACCAUAUUCACAAUUGAAAUUUGUCGAGGCUCCGGUACCAUAUAUUAUGGGAUGGUGUUAUGAAGAAAGUGUGCCUGAUUUCUUAUUCCAAUCAAAUGUUUGUGUUCUCGAUAUAGAUACAGGUAGAACAGAAUUUCCCGAGGAUCUGCCCCCUUUUCCUGGAGCUAAGCAACUAUCACAAGAGAUCAAAACGGCUCUAGAGAGAUAUUCUUCAUGGGAAGAUAUGUCAAAAUCGAUAAUCAGUGGAACUACUCCGUCGUUAACGAACUCGCCAGCCCCCACUGUUGCGAAUCGAAGCAAUAGCGCUCGUCGUACAGAUGAGUGGUCUGCAAAGCGAAUGAGUCGUUCUUUUGAUCACGAUGAUGCCUUAGAGGAUGCGAUCAGCGAAUCUGUCUUAGUUUCGCCGCGACCUUCCCGUGCAGAUCUUGCUCCUCUCCCUCUUGAAAAUGUAUUGAAGAACAAUUCUACUCUUGCCAGAGUAGCAGAAAUUGCUCGAAGGGCUGGUGUAGUCGUGGAUGUACAGGGCUUGGAAGAAGAACUUUCAUGCAAAGAUCAGUAUGCAAAUUCUCCUGUAUGCAAGCAGUACUUCCAGAAUGCUCGAUUGAACAAUGCUAUACGAGAAUGCGUUCUGAACAGAAUAGUGUGUAUGUUGUAUUCGUACGAGCAUUUUGUCGUCGGCGGACAAGGCUGUUCUGAUCGAGAAUCGUUUGAUGAUAGCAGAGAUAGCAUGGUUUGCUUCGACAAGGCUUCAUUUUUAUCGGAUCAGCCCGAUAGCCACUUGGCCUUCCUAGCUGCCUUUCUAGAGACACAGAUGUUCACUUCGUUGAUAGAUGCCAAGAUUUUAUCACAGUGGGAGGCACCAGAUGAAAAUCUUGUAUUGUUUGACUCUCGUAUUGCUGCCAUGCGGGAAAAGCUUGGACUGUCGAUGGUGCGCACACCCACUUACGAGUCCACCCCGCCAUUCGCCCAUACAGAAGAACUAAUAUCCAAACGCGAGGAAACGUUAGACUACGUUGUACCUGGGCCUCACGAGAUUGCUGGAGCUGUACCAAUGCGUUAUGACGGUGUUUGGCCAGAGUUGAAUACAGCGUUGUUAGAAGGUGCCAUAGGGCUGAGCCCAGCGCCAAGUCCUUGGAAGCAACGUUAUCCGAGACUGCGGCCAAAACAACAAGAGGCAACAGGAGCCACUGCCCGACCUACGAGUACGUAUGGUGGUGCAGGCUUAGUCGGCGACUCGCCAGCUAUGGUCGCUCAGCAGCAGUUGAAAUUCGUUGAUCAGUUACUGCGCGAGACAAAAGGGAAGACAAAGCGUAUGCUUGUUGACAAAAUGGGGAAAGAAGCAGUGCAGCUGGGCCAUCUGGACGCAGGAAUCACUGGUGUUGAAGAAAAUACGCUUGUCGCAUCAUUCUGUGAUCUUCUAGAGAGAAUAUGGGCACACGGGCUUGUGAAAAAACAGGGCAAAUCUUCUUUGUGGAGUUUCGUCUUACAACAUCAGGAUCUAGAAAAAACAGGCUUGUCAACGCGAACAAUGUCAUCCUCCAUGCUAACUCCAGGCGGCCAAAUGAGACGUGCUCCUUCGCUGCCGCACUGUGAGGUCCCAGAUCCUGUGAUCAUCCAACCUACCAACGAAAAUGAUUUCGCUGGUGCCAUAUCCGAUCUAGUGGAGUCGAUCCAACGAGAACUAGGAAAAGGCGACGACGAAGAUACUCCCGCGUGGUCACGGUCGAUUCUACGAGCAGCCAACUUCUUAGCUGACAAACUGACCAAUGCACCUAAAGAGGAAAAUACAGGAAAUUUGUCGACAGCUUUUACGCAACACAGAUCGGCGGUGCCAAAAUCGACUAUGAAGAAGUCGGUUUCAGUUGGUGAUUUCACUAGUCCGAGCUGGAAUAGUGAAGUCAGUGGAGCGUCAGAGGUGACAAGCUCACCGAGAAGAAGAUCGCAGAGUCGCCCAAGAAGCCCAGAAACGGGUCCCAGAGUACUGUUAGCUCCACUUCCUACACAUGUUGCGUACGAUCUGAAAAAUGUUCUUCGAAUGACUGAAAUAAAAACAGACAUCGGAUACGCCAGAGCGUUCGUAAGAUUAGCUUUGGAGCGAAAGCUACUGCAUCGACAUCUUGCGACAUUGUUAGGAAACACACGGCUGCUUACUGAGCUGUACAAACCGUAUGCGUUCGUCCGAUCGGAAGAUGAAAGAGAGCAGUUUUUAUAUCAUAUCCUGUCGCUGAAUGCUGCUCAGUUCCGUUGUUUCACCAACACCUUCACGAAAACAAAAAUGGACUACCAAGUUGUCAUAGUGACAGGUGGCUGGAGAGGAUCCCUUCCGGCUGUUUGGGUUACGGUUGGUGGAAGCCUCUGCAGUAGCCCACAGAUAAAUCUCCCCGCUAAUACACCGCUCUUCAAAUUCGACCAUAAGAAUCUUGGUGUGUUGUCGACGUUACGAAUUGGUCAUGUACCUGGAGCGGAGAAACCGCCGAAAUGGUACCUCGAUUAUGUCAUCGUUCGGAAUGAGAUCACUGGUCAGAUGUACAGAUUUCCAUGUGGGCGUUGGUUUGGGCAAGGUGUCGAAGAUAGUCGAUGGUUUGGAAAUGGAUGCGAUGUCAGCUUGGAGAGGUUACUGGUAGCAGAACCUGUAUGCGACGAUGAAAACGGCGACUCGGGAUUUGGCACGGUGCCCAAUUCACCAGCGCGUGCAGCUAGGAGGGGAAGGGUGUCAUCUAGAAGUCAGACUCCUCAAAGAGAACGCAGUCCAUCACAAACCCGAGCCUACGAUUCUACACCAAAAACGCGUAUUACUGAAAUCCAACAAAUACUCGGCGAAUCUGUGAAUGCGUUGGUAAAGUACUUCUAUAGUGAGAAACAUAGUAAGAGCGAGUUAGCCCACCUGUUGUGUGGUGAACGAGGCCUUGUCAACGCUAUAGAGAUGGCCUUCCAAUUCGGCCGCCAUGGCUCUGUUUGGCUUUUUCGGCAGCCUUCUCCUUGGGACUAUGUUGAAAAAGUUUGCGUGUUUCUGAUGGAUCUACUACGGCGGCGUGAUGCGACAUGGUCACGUGAACAGCGUGAACUAAUUGCACAUGCCUUAAGACUUGUACGCCGUAUCUCUGAACGCGGUGCGCUUGGAAAGGAUGCAAAAUUCCACGUUUUUGUCUUGUUGACAAUGAGAGAUCACAUGCUGUCCGGUUUUCUACAAUUAAUGGCAUGGACACCGGUGACCUCGCAGUUAUACGAUGAGCCGUCUUUUUUGCGGACACCCGCGCACCUGACAUAUCUGUCGAGACUACUGGAUUCUCUUAAUGAGUUCAAUUUUACUCUUGAUCCUUCGCUCACCUAUGGUGUAGUCUAA